AUUUUGUUUUCCGUGCCGUUCCUCCUUCCGGAUAACUGGAUAUUCGUGUUUUUUAAAAAUCUGACAGGGUUUUUUUGCCCGUACGAAGAUCAGACAUGAGUUGGGGAAUCGAUCUUUGGGACCAGUUUGAGAUAGCAGAGAAACACACCGCAAAUGGCAUAGACUUUGUAGAUAAAUAUUGUAAAUUUGUGAAAGAACGUUGUCGAAUAGAAAACGAAUAUGCCACAGCAUUGAGGAGACUUGUGAAAUCAUGUGCUCUUAAAAAGAAAGAGGAAGAAUCCAACUAUAGUUAUCUUAAAGGUUAUGCUGAUGUUCUCAAGGAGCUGACAGAUAUGUCUGGGCAGCACGAAAGUGUCGCUGAAUCGCUUUCAGAAAAAGUUGUUAAAGCCUCCGAAGAACUUAUAAGAGAAUUAAAAGCUGAUAGAAAAAAAUUCCUCAAAGAGGGACAUAAAGUGAAAGCAACGUUAGCAGUGUCAAUCCAGACACUUGAACAGGCGAAAAAAAAUUAUGAAUCUUCGUAUAAAUCAGCUGUGAAUGCAACACAACAAUAUGAAAAAGUGAAAGACGACAUGAAUCUGCCACGAGUACAAGUAGAAAAGCAAAGAAAUCUUAUGAAUCAGAAAAAACAGACUUGUGAAGAUUGUAAAAAUGAAUACGUGUUACAAUUAGAAAACACGAACCAAGCACAGAGAAAACAUUACAACGUUGAAAUGCCUAAUGUAUUCAAGCAACUUCAAGAACUCAAUAAUCACAGAAUAGAUAUGCUAGGAGAAUUUUACAAAAUAUAUGCGGAUGAACACCGGACAAUCUUACCUAUUAUUGGAAAAUGUUUGGAUGGAAUGACCGCUGCUGGCAAUAGUGUAGAUCAUACAAGAGAUACUAAUAUGAUGAUUGACAGAUAUAAAUCAGGAUUAGAUCCACCCGGUGACUUUCCAUUUGAAGAUAUUAGUAAAAACAACGACGGUGAUAACAUUUCAACGGGAAGCGGGAAUACUCCAGCUGGAUACAAAAGUGGAUCACUAACAUUAUCUGGAACAGGAAGACGGAAAGGAAAAAAUAGGGCUGGCAUAUUUCAUAUCUUUCAAAAGGAUGAAAAACCUGAAGAUUACAGUGAUCUUCCUCCAAACCAACGACGAAAGAAAUUACAACAAAAAGUUGAUGAAGAUGCAUUGAAUAAAAUGAAAGAAGUUUAUACAAAGACGCCGGCGUUGGGAGAUCCUAACAGUGUAGAUGCACAAUUAGCCGAAAAUGGCAAGAAGCUCGACAUUGUACGGACAGAAUUACAAAAAUACCAAAUGUACCUCGGUGAUGUAGAUGGUAAAACUAGUACGCCACAGGGAACGCCAAAACAGAAUAGACUCUCAAAUAUGGAGACCAAUGCCAACAGCAGUUCUUUGACGUCACCAGCCAGUACAAUAGCCUCUACAGCCUCACCAAGGUCGAGUAUAACAUCAUCGCAUUACGCCACCAGUACGGCACCUACAAGUCCAGAUACGGGUAUAGCUGAUGUCAGUGUUAAUACCAGUACUUCAUCUUACCCACCUGGUGAGUUUGACAGCGAUGAUGACACUUCUGGCACAUAUACACAACAAACUGCAGCGUUAGACCCUGUUAUAUGCAGAUGUAAAGCCUUAUAUGCUUUUGAAGCUCAAAGUGAAGGUGCAAUACCGAUGGAAGAGAACGAGAUACUAGAUGUGAUAGAGAAAGAUGGGGGUGACGGUUGGACUAAAAUACGCAAAGGUGGCGUGGAAGAAGGCUAUGUACCAACUAGUUACAUAGAAUGUUUCUGAACAUUGUUCCUCCACUUUAACACAUUUUUUAGUUAAUAGACCGAAACUAGAACACUCACCCAGGAUCAGGUCAAGUCGUGCCGAACUCGUCAAGCAGUUGACAUUUCGUGAGUCAGUGAAUUUCAUGAAUUUUUGUCUCAGCGAAUAUUUCACUGCGAUACUCUAGACGAAGAAGUCGGAAUGACAUUAUGAAAAUUUCAUCGAUGUUAAUAAUGCCUCUAAAUAUUAAAUAUUAUUUGCAAAAUCAUGUUAAUAUUUUUCAUAAAAUCUGUAGAGGGCGCUAUUACUGCAAAUGUUGCUAUUAUGAAUGAGAAUGUCUGGCCAAUGUUUGCUGUAAUAUGAUACACAGGAAUUUUGUUUAUUUCCUGUUUCUUAAAUUAACUACCUAACCGUAUUUUUCAUACUGGUCAGUCCCUGUGUUUUUUCACUAUAUUGAAAACUGCAAUGCAUGCCUCCUUGUUUUGGAAAAAAAUGCUGUUUCUGAUAUACACUAUCAAAUUUACCAUAUUUGCAGUCAAUUUUGUGAUAUUAACCUUUUUUUUAAAAAUCCGACUGACGUUUGAUUUAUCAGUCUUGUACUUAAUAUCUGUAAUUUGAAUUCCAUCCCAACCCGCUCCAUUCCAUCUCAUCUCAUCCCAUCUCAUCCCAUCUCAUCCCAUCUCAUCUCAUCCCAUCUCAUCCCAUCCCACCCAACACCACCCAACCGUCUAAAGAUAUGUCUAGAAAUGCUGUAUCAAUUUUUUUUUAUAUCAGCAUUUGCAUUUUUAUUUAUACUUAAGCUCCCUGACUUUGAGUCAUGUUUUACAAAAAAAAUGUGCCUCAUAAUUUAUUUCAUCUUUAAAAACAAAUUAUCAAAACCUAUUCUCGGAGCAGGCAUUUUCCCAGCCUUAGAAAACGGUACUUAGGGAUAGUUGUCGAGACUUCACUGAACAGUGUAACAAGAUUACCCCUACAUGUGUAACAUGUGUAAAUUUGGUUGCUCAGAAUUACCUCAAAGUUUAGUUUAUGUUGUUUUCUUAAUUUUAGCCGUUUUCACCGGCUCUUCGACCAGCGUCUCACAGCAGCUUGUACAGAGCUGAUAGAAAUACAUGGUAUAGUGAUGCGUGUGAGUGUCUUAGCCACACAGAACAAUCUGUGACAUAGAUCCGCCCCAAGAAUAAGCAAUGGACAAACACUCAUACCGACAUGAAUAACCUACUUUUUAACUUUUAAUGAGGACACUAAAUGGCAACAUUUGAUUUGAUUUGAUGCUGGUUUGUAUAUUUAAAGAAAGG